GAAACACUCACGAGACUCGACCGCAGUGGUUUCGAUUAUUUUACUUCAUCAUGGACUCAUAAGUUGGGCUUCUUUUGUUCCUGCAAAAAUGCUGUGGUUUCUUGUGUUUUUGUCCUCGCUGCUGGCGGUGUGUGGCUCCACCGGGUGUCCGUGCGAGAGAGCGGAGCUUUGCCAGCAAAUACGUGACGACAAAAACUUUGAGGUGUUUGUGUUUGAUGUGGGUGGAAAGUCAUGGAAAUCCUACAACUGGAGUAUGGUGACUACAGUGGCAAUGUUUGGAAAAUAUGACGCUGAGCUCAUGUGUUACGCUCAUGCCAAAGGUGCCCGAGUAGUCCUCAAAGGUGAUGUUCGCCUCCCCUACAUUGUAGACCAAGGCAACAGGACAGCAUGGAUAAUGGAGAAGGUCAACUUGGCUAAAGGUCAGUUUAUGGAUGGGAUCAACAUUGACAUCGAACAAGCAGUAGAAAAGGACUCACCGGAGUACUACGCUCUGACGGAUCUGGUCAAAGAGACCACAGUGGCUUUCCACAAGGAAAUUCCAGGUUCUCAGGUCUCCUUUGACGUUGCUUGGUCACCAAAAUGUAUCGACAAGCGCUGCUAUGAUUAUGUCACCAUUGCUGAAUCCUGUGACUUGCUGUUUGUGAUGUCCUAUGACGAGCAAAGUCAGAUCACUGGGGACUGCAUUGCAAUGGCAAAUGCCCCACUCACUCAGACUUUAAGAGCUUAUGACAACUAUUUGGAUCUGAAGAUUGAUCCCAAGAAGCUGGUGAUGGGAGUGCCGUGGUAUGGGUAUGACUACCCAUGUGUCAACCUUUCCCAGGAGGGAAUAUGUUAUAUAGAUAAAGUUCCUUUCCGUGGAGCUCCUUGCAGCGAUGCUGCUGGACGGCAAAAACCAUACAAGUGGAUCAUGAAGCAAAUCCACAGCUCAUUAUCUGGGAGGCUGUGGGAUGAUGAGCAGAAGGCUCCUUACUUCUAUUACAAGGACCAGCAGGAACAAAUUCAUCAAAUUUGGUACGACGAUGUUCAGAGUAUUUGUACUAAAGCAGAGUCUGUGAAGGCUAAAGGUCUGAGGGGCAUUGGCAUGUGGAACGGCAACAUUCUGGACUACAGUGAUGAGCCAGUUGCUCGGCAGCAGACCGCAAUGAUGUGGAAUGCUCUGUUAGGAUGUUAGCUGGGAUACACUGAACAUUGCUGCAGGAAUUCACACCACGCCUGAGCCCUCUUCUGUUUGCUGCCAAGUCAAUAUAUCCUUUUGUAGCAACAGUCGGGUGUGGCGUCACUCGGACCACAGGGAUACAUGUACUUGCACAUUUUUAUCUUUAUUAUGAUUUUGCCCUUGAAUCUAAUGAAAACUCCAACGUUUCUCCUUUUUUAGCCUCAUUAACUGUGAUUCUCCAACAAAGAAAGUCAAUCUCUUUUAAUGUGAUUUGAUUUUAGCAAAUUUUGUUUAUUGAUCUUCAUGAGAUUUGUGCAAUUUUAAUUUGUUAAUAAAACCUUUUUAGAUCGA